AAAAUCGGAUGAAGCCGCCUUAAAAGCUUUUAUGAAUUCAAAUCCCGAAAAACACGUGACUCUUGCGGACCUUAUUAUGCAAAAGUUUGAAGAAAAAGAAGCGCAAAAUUCUACCAGUAAUAUAACGUGCGGAGUUUCCUCAAUAAAUCCUGAAAUUGUAGAAAUUUUUAAGACGACUGGCUUGUUAUUAUCAAGGUAUCGUUCCGGCAAACUUCCCCGUUCCUUAAAAACUAUUCCCUGCUGCUCCAAUUGGGAAGAACUUUUAUAUUUAACCAAUCCAGAAGGCUGGUCCGCUGCUGCACUUUACCAGGCCACGAGGUUAUUUGUGGCCAAUUUAAAGUCUAGUAUGGCGCAAAGGUUUUUUAACCUCGUGCUCUAUCCACGUGUUCGAGACGACAUUGCGGAGUACAAAAGACUGAAUAGUCACCUGUACGACGCCCUUCGUAAAGCGCUUUUCAAGCCGGGUGCCUUCAUUAAAGGGAUUUUGCUGCCACUUUGCGAGUCGGGCACGUGCACUCUCCGUGAAGCAGUCAUUAUUGGCAGCGUGAUUGGCCGGACAUCCGUACCAGUCCUCCACGCAGCUGCGGCUCUUUGGAAAAUAGCAGAACUCCCAUAUACUGGCGCCUCUUCUAUAUUUAUACGAAUUUUUAUUGAUAAGAAAUAUGCACUCCCCUAUAGAGUUAUUGAUGCACUUGUCUUUCAUUUUUUAAGAGCUGAAAAUGACACGCGAACUUAUCCAGUUUUAUGGCAGCAAAGUUUUCUCUCGUUUGUGCAAAGGCUUAAAUGUGCCAUAUAUGGUAACUUUCACGUGACCUCCAUCAUCUACGGCUCCCCCCUUUCAACUAUCUCAGAAAUAAUGCCGGAAUUACUUAGAUUCAAACUUAAAAGCAUUUUUGAGCGAUAA